GCAAACCGUUCGUGCUAGGAUGCGUACCUCACCGUCAGCAUCGCAUCAAACCGCCCUGACAGCUAAAUUGAGAGCGAUUCUCAGGUACAAACAUGUUUUAUUGGUCAGAAGGUCCUUGCGAUACGCUCGCGCACAACGAGAUAGGCUGUUACUAUCGCGCAGCGCAUUGUACACGUGAAACAUCUUUAUCGUGUGCUUUCAUCCCAACUUGUCAUAUUUAUCACGAAUGUGUGUUACACCAUGUCCUUAAAAGGCGAGUGCUUUUCAUCCGCAAUGUUUGUUCCUCUCAUACUGCUGACCGGGCCAGUGCUCAUCCGCGCACAGCCCUACAAAAUAAAGAAUCCCGCAACCGACAUGUACAUGGGGCUGGAGGGCAAGUAUCCCACAUGGCUGCCGCUCGAGAAGUCGAACACGUUUUCUGAAAAACCCAGCAAGACAGAUGGACGAGUUAUAAUAGAGGUUAAAGAGCUGUCUGGCAAGGUAUGGGACAUCGAGGGCAGCGUAGCGAACCUCAUAUUCUAUCCCGAGCAUGGCAAUCACAACCAAAGAUUUUUGGUUGAACAGGCGGACGAUGGCAUUGUAAGGUUCUUGAACGGUGAUAAGUGCAUCACAUUCGUAGAAAGUGACAACAGAUUUGAGAAGCUGCCCUGUCAGGAAGGAUCGGAGAACCAGGAGUUUUACAUGGCUGACGAGAAUGGUGUGGCAAUUGGUGUUCCUCCCGCCGAUGAGGAGGACGGUGCUGACCAGUCAAAAUCGCUGGAGAUGGCGCUUAGGGCGUACUUGAAGGCUGGUGGUGAGGCUGGAGGUUCUAGUGCAUUGGCGGCGGCUACGGGAGCGUUCUGGGGAAUGGGCGGUGCCAUGGGAGUCAUGGGAGUGAAUGCAGAUGAUGCGUUUCUCAUGGCAAUCAGGAAGUAUUUGCAGUCGGUGGGAGUGACCAACGCAUCACAGAUGAAUGCAUCCAAGGGAUUGGCAGAAAUGGCACGUGUACAUCCCGUCGCCACGGAGUACUACGCAAUGCAGUCGCCCGUCAAUCCAACCGCUUCUUCAUCGAUGAGCACAACUUCGUACUCUGGUGGUCUGUCACCUGGCAUGGGAAUGGUUAACAAGCACAUGACUAGCGGCCCGCUAUCUUUUUCCUUCAGUUCGUACGAACGCCCCCACUCGUCAACGGAAAUGAACCUUUAUCACAAGCCAUUACUCCUGAAUCUCUACGCUAUGAUGGGAAUGGGGCGCGGUUCUCGUCCUUCCAGGCAAUCCUCUAAAUCAAGCAUCUUUUCAUCCGGUCGCUCAUGGCGGUUCUAAAACCGUAGCACAAUAAAAGAGUUAAGUACCA